AUGUAUGAUGCUUCCACUGACCCGGAAGACCACCUCUCGGUCUUCCUGACGCACAUGCGUCUGCAAACCGCAGCGGAUGAGAUCCGUUGCAAGACCUUCCCUAUGUUCCUGAAGGGGAAAGCUCGGCUCUGGUUCCAGGGCUUGGCACCAGGGUCUAUUCGGAGUUUCCCCGAGCUGGCUAGACAGUUCGUCGCCCAAUUCGUCUCCUCGAAAACCUACGCGAAGAACGCCACCCACCUGAUGUCUAUCAGGCAGAAGCCCGAUGAGUCGCUGAGAAACUUCAUGACCUGCUUCAACGCGGAGAGCUUGCAGGUCAGGGACAAGGAUGAAAAAGUGGUAAUGGCCGCCUUCACGAACGGGCUCAGGGUAGAGGAGCUCUUCUACGAGCUGGCCAAGAAGCCUCCCGUAAACCUGGAGGAGCUCCUAACCCGGGCACACGCGGCCGCCAACGCGGAGGAGGCAGGCCGCCUGAAGAAGGAGUCAGAUCGGGAGCUCGGAAAUCGGAAGGGUCGGGCGAACCCCCAAGAGGGCAAGGACAUUCCGGCCAAGAAGAAUGUGUUUGAUCGGCUCUCGAAAGAGAAGGCGCCUGCUCCGCCGCCACUCCCAGAGAAGAGCUACACCCCUCUGACACGGCCUAGAGCUCAGAUCUUGGCUGUUAUGGAGGCGGAAGGGCUGGGAGAUCGGCCGCCUAAGAUGGGGACACCUCGGAACAAGAGGAACCAGGACCGGUACUGUGCCUUUCACCGUGACGUGGGACAUGACACGGAGGGAUGCUGGGCCCUACGGAAGGAGAUCGAGGAUCUGAUCCAGCGAGGUUUUCUGGGACGGUUCGUACGCCAUGGCAGGUCGGGCCAGGAGUUCGGGCGCCAUUAUUAUGGAGACCGGCGUGAGGGACAGCGCCGCGACCGCCCUGAGCGGCGUGACGCUCCUCGGGGCCACUCUCCAGACCAGGGCAUCCAGAACUUGACGGGGGUGAUCAACACCAUUGCCGGAGGCCCCACGGGGGGGACAGCCAUACAUCUCGGAAGAGCAAGCGACCGCCCCCCGAAGGGGACGACUCCUUGA